CCACGGACUGUUGUGGCCGUAACGCAAGGUACAGCCUUGAAAACAGUUUGUUAUGAUAAUAAUGUUUUACGUGAUAAAGUUCAUAUGUGUAAAAUAAAUUAAUCGCUAUUAGCAUUAGCUAGCCAUUUGAGGGGGCACGGAGCUUUAAAAAUAAAUAAAUAAAAGGCAGAGUAAAGAUAAACGUUUUCCACCUUGGCUUUUGAACUCAGAGCUGCUCAGUGUCCAAAGCUCAGAGGAGAGGCAGCUAUGCAGAGCUGGUCACCACGGACAAGGAAAGCAACGGAGAGGAUUUAAGCGUUUCUUGCUUUAAAACGAGACAGCUCGUCUAAGUCAGGAAACGAUGGGCGCUCAUAAACUGCUGUUUUCCGAGCUGAAGCUGUGGACCUCAGGAAGAGGUGGAUGGAUAGCGCGACUUCACAAAGGUAUUGGCGCCUGUGGAAAGGCUUCAUUGUCCUCAUGCAGCCCAAAGGUGUGUAUUGUCGGAAGCGGUCCAGCAGGUUUCUACACAGCACAGCAUCUAAUCAAGGCUCGCCAAGAUGUUGAGGUGGACAUUUAUGAGCGUCUGCCUGUCCCCUUUGGCCUGGUCAGGUUCGGAGUGGCCCCGGAUCAUCCUGAAGUCAAGAACGUCAUCAACACAUUCACGCAAACGGCCAAGCAUUCACGCUGCAGUUUCUAUGGCAAUGUGAAUGUAGGCAAGAAUGUGAGCAUCACCGAGCUGCAGCAAGCCUAUCAUGCUGUCGUACUGAGUUAUGGUGCAGAGGGAAACCGGAGCAUGGGAGUGCCGGGCGAAGACUUGGCUGGUGUGUACUCUGCCAAAGACUUUGUGGGCUGGUACAACGGACUCCCCAGCUGUCGAGAGCUGAGUCCAGACCUGAGUUGUGAAACAGCUGUGAUUUUGGGACAAGGCAACGUGGCCUUGGACGUAGCAAGAAUUCUGCUAUCUCCCAUCGACAUUUUAAAGAAAACUGACAUCACGCAACCAGCACUGGAGGCUCUGGCAGAGAGCCAGGUCCGCAGGGUGCUGAUAGUUGGCAGAAGAGGACCCAUUCAGAUCGCUUGCACAAUCAAGGAGCUCAGAGAAAUGGUGAACCUGCCGGACACCAGGCCGGACAUGGUGGCGGCUGAUUUUGAUGCAGUCAAAGAGGCUCUUAAAGACUUGCCGAGGCCCAGAAAGCGUCUGACAGAGCUGAUGUUGAAGACGGCCCUGGAGGUACCCGGAGAAAAGGAGCAGGAGAGACGGAGCAAGGCCUCCCGCACCUGGGGCUUUCGAUUCUUCCGGAGCCCCGUGGAAGUUUUGGCCGAACCUAGCCACAGCAGAAUAGCUGGCAUUCGACUGGCGAUCAACAAGCUGGAGGGUUCAGGUGAGGGAGCCCACGCUGUGCUCACAGGAGAAGUGGAGGACGUGUCCUGCGGCCUGGUCGUCAGCAGCAUCGGCUACAAGAGCCUGCCCAUCGAUCCAUCAGUGCCUUUUGACUCCCGCAAAGCCAUCGUUCCAAACACCAUGGGACGCGUUAAACAAGCUGCAGGUCUGUACUGUAGCGGCUGGCUUAAAACAGGCCCCACAGGUGUCAUAGCUACCACUAUGAACAAUAGCUUUGACACUGCACGAUCACUUGUGGAGGACAUGGACUCGGGAACGUUGGAUGUGUCUGCUGCCAAGCCUGGAUCACAAAGCAUUAGUGCUCUGCUGGAAAAGAGAGGAGUGAAACCAGUGACUUUCUCAGACUGGGAGAAGAUUGACAAUGUGGAAAUGAAAAAGGGUGAAUCCAGUGGGAAACCCAGAGAAAAGCUACUGACUGUGGAGGAAAUGCUGCACGUGGCUUGGACAUGAAAGAAUGAAACAGUUUUCAUGUGAACAGGCAAUGCUACCUAUUGCAGUAUGAAAAUGACUGCACUUGUUUUUAGGGAUCUCACUGAUUGAUCACACAAUAAAAAUGACUAUUUGAACUCCUUAACAUGGAUUUAAUUCAUAUUGUACAUAUGGCACUAGUAGGAACUGUUAUUUGCUACAGUGUGAUUUAGUUACCUUGUUACCAAUCCAACACACUGACUGACAACAACAAAGACUGAAAACUUGCUGCACUCAAGACCAAACUCUAAUGGAUACAAUUUUUAUGGAAUUUGUGCACUGUAAUGUACCGUUAACUAAAAACUAUGUGGCAAAGUGUUUUUGCUCUUUUAUAUAAUGUCAUUGAACAUCUUAAAUCUGUAUUUGAGGGAAUAAAAUGACGUCUAUCCUUUGA